CAGGGGGCGCAGCCCAGGGAUGCUCAUUCCCAGCCCCGCUCUCGUCCUCGUACCAUGAGCUGAAUCUGUCCGGGACAGACCAGGGAAGAUGGCGGCCACUGACCAUUCCCGGUCCGAAGCUGCCAAGCAGCGACGGCAGGAUCAGUUGCAGCGGUGGCUGGGCUCGGAGACGGACCAGACGGUGUCGGAGGGCCGGGAAAUGUCGGGGGGUUCCGGGACGCGGCGGGCGAAAGUACAGUUCGCACAGGGAGCUGUGUUUAUGGCCGCCUGCUCCGCCGGAGACCGGGAGGAGGUGGCGGCGCUGCUCCGACAGGGAGCUGACAUCAACCACGCCAACGUAGACGGACUGACAGCGCUUCAUCAGGCCUGCAUUGAUGAAAAUGCGGAGAUGGUGCAGUUCCUGGUGGAGAGCGGGAGCGACAUCAACAGAGGGGACAACGAGGGCUGGACUCCUCUGCACGCCGCGUCCUCCUGCGGCUUCAUCCAGAUCGCCAGGUACCUGAUAGAACAGGGAGCCAAUGUGGGAGCCAUAAACAGCGAAGGAGAGCUUCCUCUGGAUGUGGCCACAGAAGAUGCCAUGGAGAGGCUUCUUAAAGCCGAGAUCAAGAAGCAAGGAAUCGACGUGGACAAGGCCCGAAAAGAGGAGGAGAGGGUCAUGCUUCAGGAUGCCAUGGCGGUGCUGGAAGGAGGUGGUACCUUGACUCCUCACCCAAACACCAAGGCCACGGCUCUGCACGUCGCCGCUGCCAAAGGCUACAUUGAAGUCAUCAAGGUUCUUUUGCAGUGUGGGGUGGAUGUGGACAGCAGGGACACGGAUGGGUGGACGCCCCUACAUGCAGCAGCUCACUGGGGACAGGAGGAGGUGUGCAGCCUGCUCGCUGACAGCAUGUGUGAUAUGGGAGCACUCAACAAUGUGGGGCAGACCCCUCUGGAUGUCGCGGAUGAAAACCUGGUGGACACCCUGGAGGAGCUGCAGAAGAAACAGAACGCAUUACGCAGCGAGAAAGAGAAACAGGCUCCUGUUAUUGAGACCAGUCCGCAGAUCUCCAUGGUACCAGUUCGCGCCCGCAGGACCUCUAUCUCUCGUAUGAGCAGCAAGGAGAAGAUCGGCCUGCACGAGCGGGAGAAGCACCCGCCCCCCUCCCUCCAGAGCACGCCAGCUGAGGAAGAGGAGGACGACGGCCAGGCGGGACAGAACCAGGCGAAAGCUUCCAGCAGCUCCAGCUCGGAGGAGGAGAGCGAGUCGGAGAGCGAUGGGGAGUCGGAAAAAGCCAAAAACAGAGAAAUCAUAAACAACUUGAACAACAAACGAAACGCCAGCAGCCUGCUUUCUACCUCCAUGUCAGCGAGUGCCACUGCAAGUCAGCCCAAAAAGGAACUGAGCAAGCCUCCAACCACCGAAGCACCAGGCUCAUGGAGGACUUCUCUGAGGAAGGCGGGCAGCUCUGUGACUCUGGGCUCAGCUGGACUCUCAGAUUCCAGCCAGGACCCGAGCAGACCCACAGAGUCCGUGCUGGGAAUGAGCCGCUCCGCCUCCAGCCCCCGCCUCAGCUCGGAGGCUGACACCAAGGAGCCGCGGCUCGCCCGAGUGCCACCCAUACCCACACGGAGGCUGUUCAGUAUUCCCGAUAGCAACUCCGACAACAGCUGGUUAAGCCGUAGCUCCUCUUACACCAGACGCCUUCACUCUCAGUCAGGGAAUGAGCUCACUAGUUCCACCCCUUCUCUGCUUCACAGUUCAUCUUAUGGAAAAAGACUGGAUGAUGCGGGUGUGACCUCUGCGUGUACAGGAACGAGCUCUGCUGGGCUCGGCCGCCUCAACAGUGUCUUAGCUCAGAGGGUUCCUCUAGAACAGACGGAAAAGAAGGAUUCUACAUUAAUCAACACUUCAAAUUCCCAGAGCACGACUACAGGAGAGCAGGAAACCAAGCAGAGGCGCAAGUCGUAUCUGACACCAGUGCGGGACGAGGAGGCUGAGGCGCAGAGGAAAGCUCGCUCCCGACAUGCGCGGCAGUCCCGCCGUUCCACUCAGGGGGUUACACUCACAGAUCUCCAGGAAGCAGAGAAGACCAUUAAGACCAUGAAGACAGACAACAAGGGACGAGAAAAGGAGGAAGAGGAGAAGGAGAAAGAGAAGGAAGCCAAACAGAAGAAGGGAGAUGAGGGGGAAGUGAGCUGGAGGUCUCGCAUCGCCAGCCUGCAGAAGUCAGACCUGCUGGGUCUCACUCAACCUGCCGGCACGCCACGGCCUCAGACAUCUGACAGGAGAGAUGUUGAGGCCAGCACAGCAGAGAGUGAGAUGGAGCAAUGGGCCAGAGAGCGCAGAGAGAGGAGGCAGGCUCGGGCCAGGAGGAAGGCGCAUAGGACCGGGGAGAGUGAAGACAAUGAGCCGAGUGGAGAGGAAGAGUUCUCAGGGAGUGGGCUGGAUCCACAGAAAGGCGGACACACAAGUUCCAGGCUGGAAACGUCUUACAACGACCGCACCCAGGGAGGAGGAUCGGAGGGAAAAGAUUUCAAGAAGCUUUUUGAGGAGGUGUCCAGAGAAAAUAGCCAGCUCCAGUCCCAGCUGCAGGACACUCAGAGGAUCAUCAGCCAGACUAGGUUGGACCUGGAUAAGGCCACGCAGAGACAGGAGCGCCUCAGUGACUGUUCGUCCCUGCUGGAGCUGGAGAGGAAGGACCGGAGGGUGUUGGAACGGCGCUUGGCAGAGCUGGAGGAGGAGUUAAAGGCUCUGGUUGACCUGAAAGCAGACAACCAGCGGCUCAAAGACGAAAAUGGAGCACUGAUCCGUGUCAUCAGCAAACUCUCCAAAUAGAGUGAAAGAGACCUGAUCUCCAGGGAACACCCCCCACCCCACCCUCCACAUCAUCUGUCUGUCCCUCCUUCCACACAUUCCUCUCAGUGCCAAAGAGUGAGAAAGGGUUGGGGAAUCAGGAGAAGAUCUUGCACACAUGAUCACGACAGCUCGAUGUGUUUUUUUUUUUUUUUUUUGAGAGCUGAAGUGUCUUUAGUGUGCCUUAACGCUCCGCUGCCACAGGAGGACCUGUGACUCCCAGAACAUCGGACGCCACCGUGCAUCAGGGGGACACAUAUGCGCACACAGUCCUUUCUGUGCAUCGAUUAUUCCUUGAUGCACCUUCCACUGAGCACACAAGAUGGCUUGGAUCAUAAGAAGCUCCCACUAUGUAUUUAUUCUUUUAGUGAACACGUCACACGUUCAAGUUUCCCCACUUAAAUUUGAAAGUUUGUUGUGUUCUGAAACCCUGAGGCACGUGUCAGGGCCUCAACCUGACAGCGGGGCAACUUCUACUUAUUUCUAGUGGGUUGUUUUGGGGGGGGGUAUUUUUUUUCUGUCUCCACAUGCGAUUGUUUGAACCCACCUACCUCCCCGUCUAUUAUUUUUUACUCUGUGACCACUCCAUGCUCUUAAAAAAAUAAAAAAAACGUCACUCGACCACAGCACUUUACUCUCCGCAAAGCAAUAAAAGAUCUGUGAGGCUUUGCCCGUCCUCCAGACAGCUUCAGCUCCGAGCUGCUUCUUCUCACCCUCCUCCUCCUCUUCCUCCUCCCGGGAUUGAGAAGAGGCAGACGUUUAGCUGAAGUUCAAAAGUUGAAAUUGCUGUUCUGUCAAGGCCUAUCAUGCUAUGGAUUGUUUUAAAUGUUACAUAAGAUUAUUUUCAUAGGUUUCAUGGUCAAGUCCUCUUCUGAAGAAGCAUGGUUGUGUACAUAAAUGCUAGUUUUGAGUAAUACUCUUUUUGAAGUCAAUUUCCAUGUAGCCUUGCUUCCCAUGUUUGUUUUCUAAUAUAUUAAAUGAAUGUCGACACCCUAAUAAAAAAAAAAGUGUGUUUGUA